AUGGAGGAACUGAAGAAAUUACAAUUCCCAGGUGCAGAUGAAGCUUCACAACCGAAAUUACUGCAUAAGGAACUUGUUGGGGAGAAAAAAGUUAUGAUUUUUGAGUUGUAUAAAGCUCUUGAAAGUGGGAAAGUGGAUAAUUUUGUUGAUGUGUUGAAGCAAUUGUGUGUAAAAGGAGCACAAAUGGGGAGAGAAGAGAUUGCUGAGUUGAUUUGUAAUCACUUUCCUAAGCUUCUUAGUAGGAGAAACAUAAGGGGAGAUACAGCACUUCAUGUUGCUGUGAGGUCUAAGAACUCUAAUAUAGUUAAGGUCAUUCUCUUACAAUAUGCAAUUGACAAGUCAAAAAAUGACGGGUUGAAAGAUGAAGAGAUAACAAGAAAAAAGAAUGAAUAUGGAAAUACCCCUUUGCAUGAGGCUGUCUACAGUGAUCAUUUUGGGAUGUCUAAGAUAUCACCACUCUGUUUGGCUGUCUUGACAGGGAAUGUGCAAAUUCUUAAGCUUCUAUUGGAAAUUCAAUUCCCUUCAGAUCAGGAACUUCCACAGUGCUUUGGAAAAACUCCACUCCAUGCUGCCUUGCUGGAACGAAAUCCUGCUAUGAUAAAACAGAUACUAGCAAAAGAGCAGAGCUGGAACAUGAAAGGCCAACUUGCCCUUCACCUUGCUUGCAAAAGGGGUCAUGUUAAUGUGGUCAAAGAAUUCUUACAACAUGAAUGGCCUAAUCCUAAUGUGCUCCUCAAUCAAAAGGGUCAAAACAUUCUUCACGUUGCAGCCACCAUUGGAAACCAUGAUGUGGUACGGUACCUAUUGAAAGAUCGGAAGAUUGAUCAAUUUACCAUAAACCAGAAAGACAUUAAUGGGAACACUCCAUUGCAUUUGGCUUCAAUAAAUUUAUUUCCUAAGUUCCUAGCCAAUUUGGUAUUAAAAGAAGCUGGAGUACCAGUGAAGGUAAAUGAUAUGUUGCAUUCUCAACACCAACAAGUACCUCCCAACAUGGAUUUAAGCCUAAAAGAUCUCCUCAGCACAUUUUUAGUUGUGGCCACACUUAUGGUCACAGUGACUUUCGCAGCUGCAUUCACUGUGCCAGGAGGUGUAUACGGCCCAGAUGACCCAAACCCAAAAAUAGAGGCAUGGAAGUUUUGGGCCAUAAACCGUUGUUUUGGUGCAACUAUCCUUGCAAUUUGUUGUUUGGUUCUUGCUUUUCUAACGGUGCCAGUGGCAUUUACGGCUGCUGUGCGUUUAGCUGUGGCAAAUAACUCUUCACUUGCAAUUUUUAUAACUAUCAUUGCAGCCAUGUACACUUCCUUCAUCUUGUUGGGUCCUUUUUUGGGAUUUUUUCCAAUUGGAAUUCGCUUUCUUAUAUUUCGUCAAGUUGGUAGAUUCGUUCUUCGGAUUUUAAUUGCUUUAAUAGAUUAUGAUCAUAAGCCUGAAGAUUCAUCUUCCCAUAGAGCCAACAUGGAUAAGGACAAGGACAAGGACGAGUAA